CAAAAACAAUAACAAUAACACACAACAAAAUGAGACACAUUUUAAAAAAACUUCCAUCAAAGGCAAACGCAUUUACAAAAUAUUUCUCCAGCAUAAUGGAAGCAAAGCAAUCCCAAUCCCUAGUAGCAGCUGCACCAGCUGAUGAACGUAACAUAGAAAUAAAGGCACGCAUUGGUUCCGAUGAAGAAUUUGAAAAACGUGUGGCCAUUGCCAAGAAACUAACCAACUCUAAUGGAGAGUUAAUAGUACAACGUGAUGUUUUCUUUAAUUCCCAAAGUGGACGUUUUAAACUGCGCUAUCUACAGCCCCCAGCACGUUCUCAACUCGUCUACUAUGAUCGUCCCGAUGUGGCCGGACCAAAAUUGUCAAAAUUCAAUAAAACCGAACUUGAUGAGCCGGAGGUAAUGGAGAAGAUUCUAACACAAACGAAUGGUGUACGUGGUGUUUUGGCCAAGAAACGUUAUUUGUUUAUGUAUGAGAGGACACGCAUACACUUGGAUAAGGUGGAGGAUUCGGGUAAUUUUAUGGAAUUUGAAGUAUGUUUAUUGCCGGAGCAGACAAUAGAAGAGGGUCAGGCGGUGGCUGAUAAGUUGAUAAAGGAAUUUGGCAUUAAAACAGAAGAUCUAAUGACUGGAGCCUACUUUGAUGAGUUGAAGAAGUGAUGUUGAAGUUAUAAAUAAAUGUAAUUUUAUAAACUAAGUUAAUGAUUAAAAGUAAACAUUAAACAUAUUUGUUGUAAACAAAACGAAAAAAACAUGUUUUGUAU